AUGGUGGUUCGAUUACGAGUAUUUCAUUCGGGAUCAUCCUUGUCGUUAUGGUUACUGUCAUUUAUUGGGUUUGCGACCUUUUGUUUUUCUGUGCCAGCCAAUAUUCUCGGAAUACUAUCCAACGUUGAUGUCGUUGCAGAUCAAAGUUCCAUAUUUUUUUCCAGUCCGCUGAUUGGACUUACUCGCGAGUUGUUUGCAUUCACAUUCGUAUUACAAGGUCUGUUUACAUCGUUGGCAUCAAUAUCAUUUCUCUGGUCACUCUGCAAAUCCAUUGGAUUUACAGGAAAAGGAUUCGUGUAUCAAGUUUUGCUAAAACGGGAAGGUCCUCGAUUUAUUGUCAUAUUUGGACUCAACAUCAUUGUUGCUGGAUUUGCAGUGCAUUCAUUCCUAUAUGAUCCGACGCAUGUUACAUUUUCUGGAUGGUACAUGCCUCCCAUGAUUUAUGCGAUCGAGAUUUAUACGUUUUUAUUGACGAGUUACGUCGAGCCUAGAAGUUUAUUGCAACAAGUGCAGAUGGAAACAGAGUAUGAUGGAAACAACAUGAAAGAACAAACUACUGAUGUAGCGAGUCAAACUUACAGAGUGCCUACCAAUAGUCCAUAUGAGAUACUAUAG